CUCUUAUGGACUAUUUGAACAAGUGCGACUCAAGUCUUUGGUCAUAUGUAGAUUUUUAAAUACAAAUCGUACCGUUAUUGUAAAUUCACUACUGCAUACCAAAAGUGACUUGGAUUCUUUUUGGCAAGAGGAAUCUUAUAUACAUGUAAAUUAUAAUAAUAGCGCAAAGUCCAAAGAAUCUACGAUAUGGAAACCCUUCUUACGCUUGAUGAGUCAGGUAAACAUUAUGGAGAGCAACUGCGCAUACCUUACAAAAAAGAAGUGGGCAAGUAGGAGGAAACAUCUUCGGGUUGUAAACGUUCCCAUAGCACUUAAGAUUCAGAUUCAAUUUCCUCUGUGGAGACAAAGAA